AUGUUUAUUGGAAGCAGGAAAUAAGGGAAGAAACCUUGAACCUAGUGUCAGCCUUCCGUAUUUCCAACAUUAUCUCCAAAAAGCCAAAGUGGGGAACAGGAAGUAGUCCACGGAGGGCAAUAAUAAAGUUACAACCAAGUGAGUAAGGUUGGGAAACCUUAGUACUGACCGAUAUAAGGCUGCGAGAAAGGGAUCCCAGAGCUAUGUCUUUCCCGGAGCCAAAGCUGCGGGGCCCGGAGCUGCCUCAGAAACGGUUGAAGACGCUAGACUGCGGGCAGGGAGCAGUGCGAGCCGUGCGCUUUAAUGUGGAUGGCAAUUACUGCCUGACUUGCGGCAGCGACAAGACCCUGAAGCUGUGGAACCCUCUACGGGGGACACUGCUGCGGACGUACAGCGGCCACGGCUACGAGGUGCUGGACGCAGCCAGUUCCUUUGACAAUAGCAAUCUCUGCUCCGGCGGCGGGGACAAAGCGGUGGUGCUGUGGGAUGUGGCAUCGGGGCAAGUCGUGCGUAAAUUCCGGGGUCACGCAGGGAAGGUAAACACGGUACAGUUUAAUGAAGAAGCCACGGUCAUCCUGUCCGGCUCUAUUGAUUCCACUAUCCGUUGCUGGGACUGCCGUUCUCGGAGGCCUGACCCUGUACAGAAGCUGGACGAAGCCAAGGAUGGUGUAUCCAGUGUGAAGAUGUCAGACCAUGAGGUUCUGGGAGGCUCUGUGGAUGGUCGGCUGAGGCGCUAUGACCUAAGGAUGGGUCAGCUCUUCUCAGACUACGUGGGCAGCCCCAUCACUUGCACCUGCUUCAGCCGGGAUGGGCAGUGCACCCUGGUGUCCAGCCUGGACUCCACAUUGAGACUUCUAGACAAGGACACAGGGGAGCUGCUAGGGCAGUACAUGGGCCAUAAGAACCAGGAGUACAAGCUGGACUGCUGCCUGAGCGAGCGUGACACACAUGUGGUCAGCUGCUCCGAGGACGGGAAGGUGUUCUUUUGGGACCUGGUGGAGGGUGUCUUGGCACUGGCCUUGCAAGUGGGUCCUGGUGUGGUGCAGUCACUGACCUACCACCCAACAGAGCCCUGCCUGCUGACUGCCAUGGGGGGCAACAUCCAUUACUGGCGGGAAGAGGCCUAUGAAGCUGAGGGUGCUACUGGUUGAAGCCAGGGAACCUACUACCACCAAGAACACACACAGAUGCAGACUCUGGACCACUGGGACCAUUUAUUAUGGAUGUGCCAUGAACCAAGGAAUGGAGAAGAGGCUGGGUCUACUAACUAAUAAAUGGCAGGGGGCCCUCCCUGGGGUCACAGCUCA